GCCCCUGUACCUCAGUUGAAAUGUGUUGGAGGUAAAGCAAAAGGUCAAUACAAGCCGCGCACUGUACAAUGCACGAAACAGGGAUUUGAUGGGGUGGAUUAUCAGUGGAAAUGCGUGGCUGAUAUGCCUGAAGAGUUUGAAUUUGGACAGGUAACUGUCACUUGUGAAGGUUAUAGUUAUCCAGAAGAUCCCUAUAUAUUGAAAGGAAGUUGCGGGCUAGAAUAUGAGUUGGAGUAUGCCAACACCGCUUACAGUAAAAAGGACGUUGGCAGAAGUCGAAAGUCAAGCUGGUCGUCAUGGUUUACCCAGGAGAAUUUUGCUAACGCCAUCGUUGCUGCUUUCAUACUCUAUAUGAUAUACGCAAUGUUCUUCGCUAAUACCACGCCACAAGGACCACGUGCACCGCCACGAUAUGGCUGGUUUGGAAGUGGGUACGAUGGUGGACCAGGAUAUCCAGGAGGACAUCCACCACCAAGUGCUCCACCUCCACCACCUAGUUACGACGAUGCCAUGGGCUUCAAGAGCACACAUCAUACGGGCUCCGCUUCAGGAGGAAGUGGACCCGGAUUUUGGACUGGUGCAGGGUUAGGUGCGCUGGGUGGCUAUCUUUUUGGUAGGAGAACGUAA